AAAGAUGCAUCACACCAGUCCUUCAAAGAUUCUGUUAGGUGUAAGAACAUCGAAAUGGGAACCACCAGUGCUCUCAGCGUCAAUUUACAACACCUCCACAAUUAUUCAGACCACCACCAACGUUGUCUUAAUAACUCAAACACAAAUUUCAGACCACCUCCUCAGCUUAGUUUCAGCUCACGAUGUCCUAACCUGGGUAUCUCAAAUCAAAGAGAUAGCUAUAGAAAGUUGAGUAGUUUUGUUUGCUUUGCUGUUGAAGAUGCAAUAGAGACCAAACCUGUACCACCACUAGAAGAGGUGAGUGAUGGCACAAGCAGUGAUUUAGUACAAAAUGAUGAUUCAAAAAAUGGAAGUGCCAUAUAUAAUUUCUUUUAUCCCAGUAAAGAGCUCCUUCCAGAAGAUGAAGAAAUGACCAUAUAUGAUCACUUAGAGGAGUUGCGCGAGAGACUUUUUGUGUCAGUUUUGGGUGUUGGAGCUGCUAUAUUGGGAUGUUUUGCCUAUUCAAAAGAACUUAUUAUGAUUCUUGAAGCUCCUGUCAGAACGCAAGGCGUUAGGUUUCUUCAAUUAGCACCUGGAGAGUUUUUCUUCACAACUUUAAAGGUAUCAGGAUAUUGUGGCCUCCUGUUAGGGAGCCCAGUGAUUCUUUAUGAGAUCAUAGCUUUUGUUUUGCCUGGUUUGACAAGGUCAGAGAGAAGAUUCCUGGGCCCAAUUGUUAUAGGAUCAUCUGUACUCUUUUACGUGGGCAUCGUCUUCUCGUACUUGGUUCUCACACCAGCAGCUUUGAACUUUUUUGUUAAUUAUGCAGAAGGGGUUGUGGAAUCAUUGUGGUCUAUUGAUCAGUACUUUGAGUUUGUGCUUGUUCUCAUGUUUAGCACAGGUUUGUCGUUCCAGGUUCCAGUGAUACAACUUCUACUCGGGCAAGUUGGCUUAGUGUCCGGGGAUCAAAUGCUUUCAAUUUGGAGAUACGUCGUUGUUGGAGCCGUAGUUGCUGCUGCUAUAGUCACACCAUCCACCGAUCCUCUUACGCAGUUGCUUCUUGCUGGACCACUUGUCGGUCUCUACUUUGGUGGUGCAUGGACGGUAAAGCUUAUGGGAAAAUAAUAAGUUAUAGUUAAUACUUUGACUAGCAAAUAGAGUGGCUCUGUUUUGAUGUCAGGAUGUGUAUAAAAUGAUACGAUAGAAUCAAUGAUAAUAUGUACUAGAAUAUGGAUUAUCACUGUGCUAUUGAAGCAAAACAUUCUCCUCUGAAUAUAACAAUAUAGAUUGCUGGUAUUAGAA